CAUUUCUACAAAUUACAGGGACAAAUUAUUAGUUUAAAAAAACAUGUUUAUGAUUCAAGCUGAACACUGUUUAAUAAGCACCAUCAUCAUCAUCUCCUCUGUAAUGGGAACAUGACUGGAAAAGCCAGGAAACAGUUCUUUCGUGUUUUUGUCCAUCUCAAAGUGUGUUUCCAGACGCUCUGCCAGGAAAGUCCAUUAAACCCGGUGACGCCCGCGAGCGUCUGGAGACCAGCACUCUUCCGAAAGCCUUUAGCUUCCCUCUAAUGGUCAGCGUGAUUGAUGGAUCUGAGACUCUGGCCAGUGUUUGAUCUGCUUCUGUCAGGAUCUGAUGAAUGAUUACGCAUUAAAACCGCUGAAUGGGAAAACGAAGAUGAUCAUACAUUCUAAAAAUGCGCUCACUUGGUUAAGAUGAACCAAGAUGGCGGCGCGGUCAGACGCAGCGGCUUCUCCGGGUCCCAAAGACGGUGCUUUUAUGUCUUUUAAUGUCGUCUGUUCGUCUCCAAACAAUGUCAAUUUACCGCUAAUUCAUUGGGAGAUCACUCCGGGAUACAUCUAUGAUCGCCAAAGCCUUUUGGAUAUCGACAACACAUACAAACACAAACUCUUGCCGGCGGCUACUGAGAAGCUACGAGGCCUCUGUUUACUGCUGAAGCCGGACCUCGAGACCGUGGCCUCGCCUACUGACGCUACCCGCACGCGGCGGCGUCGCAAGCGUUGUGAGAGAGGACGGAAGCGCGGUAAGCGCGGAGGUAUACGAGCCAGGCUAAGGGCUAACCCCUCAAGACCGGCUCUUCCAACACUCAUGCUCUCAUUAGUUCGCUCUCUGGAAAACAAACUGGACUUAAUUCAACUAUCUACACAGCAUGAGGCAAGGGAUUGUUGUGUGUCUGUUUUCACUGAAACAUGGCUAAACGACAACAUCCCGGACUCCGCCAUUCAGCUGCAUGGACUAACUUGCUACCGCGCGGACAGAGAUUCAUCACUGUCUGGUAAGACUCGCGGCGGUGGCUUGUGUGUGUAUAUCAACAAAAACUGGUGUAACAAUGCUGGGGUAGUGACAAAACACUGUUCAUCGCUGGUGGAGUUUAUGUUUGUGAAGCGUCGACCUUUCUAUCUGCCGCGGGAGUUCACGGCCAUUGUUAUUGUCGCGGUUUACAUUCCCCCGUGUGCAAACGCUAAGGACGCGCUUCGCGAGCUGUACAGCGCCAUCAGCGAACAACAAACAAAUAACCCCGACGGCUUUUUCAUCAUAGCCGGUGACUUCAACCACGCAAACUUAAAGACAGUUUUGCCAAAGUUCUACCAACAUGUGAACUUUGCAACAAGGGGAAAUAACACACUGGACUUUGUUUACACAACAGUUAAGAGCGCAUACAAAGCUGAACCCCGCCCCCACCUCGGGUACUCAGACCACAUCUCUGUUAUGCUAAUCCCAGCAUACAGACCACUUCUCAAACUUGCCAAACCGGUUCUAAAGCAGAUCACGGUAUGGCCAGAAAAUGCCACCUCAGCACUGCAGGACUGCUUCCAGGACACAGACUGGAACAUGUUUAAAGAGGCGGCCACCUACAACAACCACACAGACCUGCAGGAGUACACUGAAACUGUGACUGCUUACAUCCAAAAGUGCACUGAUGAUGUGACAGUCACCAAGACCAUCACCACACGCGCCAACCAGAAGCCAUGGAUGACAGCAGAGGUUCGUGGGCUGCUAAAGACCAGAGAUGAAGCAUUCAGAUCAGGAGAUAAAGCAGCCCUCAAAACAGCAAGAGGGCUGUUGAACCAAGAUGGCAAUCACUUCACAGACAGUAAAGACACUCGGACCCUGUGGCAAGCUAUUCAGACCAUCACAGACUACAAGCCCCCGCCACAGGCCUGUGAUGAUGACACAUCCCUCCCAGAUGCACUCAACCACUUCUAUUCACGGUUUGAAAUGCAGAAUGACACACCUGCACAAAAACUGCCCACACCUCCCAACGACCAGGCGCUCUGUCUGUCUCCAGCCGACGUAAGGAAGUCCCUAUCUAGGAUCAACCCACGCAAGGCUGCGGGUCCCGACAACAUACCUGGCCGUGUACUGAAAGACUGCGCUGCACAGCUGACAGAUGUCCUAACAGAUAUCUUCAACACCUCGCUGAGCCAGGCAGUCAUCCCCACAUGUCUCAAAUCCACAACAAUCAUACCGGUACCAAAGAAAUCACCUGUGUCCUGUCUAAAUGACUACCGUCCCAUAGCACUGACUCAAUCAUAAUGAAGUGC